UUCCUUUUGGGAAUUGAAACUGCUCGGCUGUCCAGUGGGAACGCGGACGUCGAGGGUGGAGGAGGCCUUGGUAUGCGGCUGAGAGGUUGUUUAUCUCCCAAAUAGGAAAGGCGGGUUUGAGGCCAAGCGGACGCCGUCUCGAAGAAGACCUCCAUCCCAUCUUUGUUUGUUUAGGGUCAUGCAGCCACCAAACGCCAGAACCCCCUUUCCUGUCCUAUCCAGUUCUGGUGAAUUGCUUGUGCGCAGCGCAUUCCUGACGAAAUCCUGGGUCUGUUCUCAUGCUGUUGAGACCAGUGGAGGGGGGUCGGAGUCGCAGCCUUCAGGAGAAGGGAAAAGGACAUGGAGACACACAUUAUUUACCCGCCAGAAGGCUUUUUUUCAAUCAUGAACAGCAGAGCCUGUGGGUCGCAGUCGAUCGUGCAAAAGGUGUGAUUGCAAAAGGUGUGAUUCCGCAACUGUCCAUCUGGUCGGGUUCGGAACUUCCACUCCCUCUCUUUGGCUCGAAGCAUUGACCCAAGCAACAGUAACACCGCGCUUGAAGCAACAGAAAAUGAUACAAGGACCCCUUGGAAGUGAAGGAACUUCCUUUGCUAGCCAGAAAUAAUGAUGUCCAGAUGUCCCGCUUGGUUGGCGAAACUCGAGGCAAGGCCACGGCUGUGUGGGCUGUAUUGUAUGGAAGGUUGCUCGAAAACCCCAAAGAUGGCUCAGAUGCCCACCACAAGUUAGCGAGAGCAUCCUACGAGCUUAGCGCUGUCAGGGUAGGAGGCUAUGUGGACUAACAAUCGAAGUACACCGCUGCCAUUGGCACGAACCUCGUGUUUGUUUCCACUCCACAUCCACUGACUGCGCUGGCAGCUUUCCUUCCUUCCCAAGCACUGGUCAAUAUGGGAUGAGGCUCGGCAAUACGGGCGUUGUGUUAGUAUCCCGUUCUGUUUGAUACCUCUUGGUGGAGUUUGCCCGCUUUUCGCAUCUCCUCCUGUUCUCAUCCUUCCUUGACCCUUUGGCUUUGAUUCUCUCGUUUUUAAUUCCAAUAAACCCAAAGCUCAAGUCCACGCCAAUCGCCUUUGGCUCCCUGUUUUGCCGCCUUCAUUCGUUUUCUGCGACCACGCCUUGAAUCGACUAGCAACUGUUUCCUCUGGCAAUUUCGGCCUACCCACACUAUCAACCCGGCCUUGCCUUUGUGCGUAAGAGAUCGUGCUCUACAACGCGGGCCGGAUCUGGUCGAUUACAAUGGUUCGCUUGAGCUUUGUAGCGGCUCUGCUCUCCCUCGGGGCAGACGCCCUGUCGGACAGGUUACUCCCUCGUGAAACCGUUAAUCUGAUGGUUGAUUCUUUCGGCAUGUCUCCUCGCCCGACUACACCGCCUCUAGUCCCCCGUGGACUUCCAAAGGAAUUAGCGAAAAGGGCGUCGCGAACAGCGAUUGAUUUCCCUGCUCCUGGAUACUAUUGUGGUUUGGUCAACAGUGAUAUUAAUAACCUGUUGACAUGUGCGUAUGCCGGGGCAAACUGCGUACAGUAUGGCACGGCUGUUGGUUGUUGUGCAAGUUCGAAUAUCCAACAAUGUACCGAUAUCGCGACCAAGUGUCUGAAUUGGGAAGAUGAAUGCGAUUCCUCUUGUUCAAGUGACCCUAGGGUCACUCGAUGUGCAGAGACAACUAGGCCUUAUUGCGGGACAUAUUUCUUCGGCGGUGGUAAACGCCUCUUUGGUUGCAGAGCAUCGAUAGGUGUCUCCUCGCAAGUUGUUCCAAUGUCCGAAUACUUUUCGUCGCGCUACGGACCCAAUUAUCACACCCUGGCAUCUGGCUUAACAACAUCUGUUCCCUCCCUCUCUAUAUCUGUCGGCUCUCCCUCUGCAACACUUCCAGGGACGUCCUCCAGCUCACCUUCGAACCCUAGGCAGAGCGACGAGGUAGGUGGAGAGGAUGAACCUGAAAUCGGCACCGGAGGCGGCAGAAAGAAGAAACUAGGAGGUGGUGCUAUUGGCGGCAUCGUUGCUGGAGUAAUUGUAGGCGUUGGUGCUAUUGUCGGAUUUAUUGUGCUAUUCUAUGUCCGGAAGAAGAAGAGCAAUGCUGCUCCACCAGGCCCACCUCCGUCCGCACCGUUGAUGCAUGAACAGCAUGCUCCUCACUACGGUGGACCACCGCCAGUGGUUGGAGCAGGAUACUACCAACCGGAACAAAAACCCCAAGGAGAAGCGCCUCCUUACAGCCCGGGCUAUGCUCCUCAUAUGCACCAUCCUAUCCCCACUCCAGCUCCUGCCGAAAUGGGAGGCUCACCUGUCCAUAACCCUCUCCAGGCGCAGUCGCAACCACUUUUGGGCCAAUCAACUGAAUAUUACAAUCAAAAUCGCGGAAGUUAUAUCCAGCCUGGAAGCCUGCCUGCAGCCUCUAUCAGUAGCCCUCCCGCAGCCGGCACAUCCCCCCCACCUCAGACAGUGAGCCCGCACCAGCUGAGUGCAACGCACACCGGACCUGUUCCGGACAACAUAUACGAAAUGCCUGGUACCGCACGAUAAUUUUUGUAACUCUCAUGCUGGCAUCCUUUUUUUUUUUUUUUGUGGAAAUUCAUCUCUUUUGGAUCUGGGAAAUACGUGUGGAAUGGAAUAUCUUCACACUUGGAAGAUUAUUUCCUUAUCCUCCCUCUAUAUACCUCGCUCCGGAAUGUUUCCUGUCGACCUAGGAGCUCUGAAUACGUUUUUAUUUGACGUUUUAUUAUUUAUAGGGCUGUGUUGAGCGUUUCAUUAUGUUUUACUAGUCUUGUGAUGAAUACCUUACCCUUACCUCUUUAAACUUUUCUCUUUUUUGUCAUACCCCAUUUAUCGUAUGUCUUUCCCUUACUAGUUAUCAUUAUUACCCCCCCUUGGAUGAUUUCCGCAAGGAACUCAUACAUCUUCUCCUGUUCCCUUUUCCUUUCUUGUUUUCAACUACAGAAUAUAUAUAUACUAUAUUGCAGGCCCAACCAUUUGGGCGAAUAUACUGUUCUCGAUGAAGCAUGAUGACAAGCGGAAUGGGGCUUGUUCGAAUCCAUGGCGAUGUAUAUAAUAUAUAUAGGAAACUCGCUGAAAGUCAACGGCUCUGAAUUCCCAGAAUGCGGAUUCAACCCCCUUGUGCCAUGAUCGCAUCAAGGGAGGCACUCGAGGUAAUUCGAAAGCAUAAACGAUUAGCAAAUAUAUAUCUACAUACCACCAUGACAAAUUUCCGAGAACAGAUCUUUCCCGUCGAACCACCUCGCGCUCCCGCUUCUAACCAUCGUCAGAUGAAACAGCUUGAGCGAUGUGAUGUGAUAUUAGAAAAUUUACCUGAGUUGGUAUGUUUCGAUACAAGCACUCGCCUGAUCACUCGCUCGUCUACUUCUCUCCUUUUUCGCUUUUAUCAUAUAUAUCAUUUUGUCAGCUACUGGGGCAAAAGAGCUCAAUCACCACCAGUUAACACUGGAGGAAGAGGGGCUGGAAUACACACAGGAGAGCUAGCCUUGGUUGACACAUUUUCCGUCACACUCAACCCUUUAUGUAGUAUUUACAUGUAUAUAUGUAUUGCAACCCCCCGAAAUCGUUCCCAGUUCUCAGUUCCGUAGCCCUGGAUUUCUUUGAUCAUACCGAUUUCACACGCGAGUGAUAAUAGAAUGGCACCCGUUUAUUCCUUCUGAUUGACAGACUGAUGAACCACUCUUAAUUUAGAACCAGCCCACUGGGAUGAAAUGAGCAUGCGGCGAGCAGAUACGUACGUGCUAGACCCCUUUUAACUCUGUUACCUGUGCUUGUUCUAUAACUUUAAAUAUUGUUUAGAGCAACGAAGAUGAAAUUUGUUAAAAAUAAAGGAUAUUGAAUAAUCAAAAUUGAGAAUUGGAGGAUAGGGGAAGAUUAACAAAA